AUGACGCGCAAACGGCGCAACGAUGCAUACCCUCGUGACAGGGCCUCCAAGCGGGCUCAUCUGGAAGCACCUGGUAAUUCUAGCUCUGACUUGGACUCGGAUGAUUUCAAUGGUCCACUUGAAAUCUGGUUGUCCAAUGGACAGUCCGCUGUGUGCUGCGAACGAUCGCAUACUCCAGUGCACCCCGCGUCAAAUCCACUAUUUUCGGCCCCUACCACCAUCUGUCCCUUGUUAGCUGGAGUAGGAAUGUCUUUUGGGCAGUAUGGUUUUGUCUGUGCCGUUACCUCUAGUCUUGUGCCUGCUGCUCACAUGUUAGUUCACAUGGAGCACCUCCACCACCGACAGAAGUUAAGAAAUCGGACGCCUUCAACAAUCAAAUCACUUCUGGUGACCCAUCUGCUUAACAGCCACCACCUCACGUCAACAACACCCUGUCCCACCCCCCUUAGUGACUUAUCUGAGCCCAUCCCGGGUCUUCAGUCAGAGUGGUCGUCUCGUUGUCCGCACCUGGGCUGUCGUCAUUGGUAUACCAUACCAGCAGGGAAAUAUUCCACCAAGGGUCAGCAAGCUCCCACCAGAAAACACAUCGCUGCAGCACACCCUGACAACGCCGAUACUUAUCUGGCUGGGGUCUUCGAACUGAAAUGGAUCUACCGUCCAUUUCGCAAGAUUGUCAGUGGUGAAGACCCGCUGUCUUUGGUGGUCUGGCCUUUUAUCAAAGACUAUGCCCCUGCAUCCUCAGCGCAAGCUGUUGUUGUUGUGAGGUCCUCUCGCAUCCGACAUAUGGUUUCUGUCCAUAGUCAAUACCUGACAGACCUUGGGUGGCAGAAGUUUAUUGCUAGCCUGGGCCUGCAACCAGGCGUUCUUCUUGGGUUGGUUAGACUUAAAACGAAGAAAGAGGCCCUGACUUUCGAGGGAGCGGAAAGGCAGCUUGAGCUCGGCCUCAUUACCGUUCGCAAGCUCUACAGGGCAUAUAUUGUGGACGUCCAGACCUAUCUAUCUUCCAAAAAUGAUGGGCAGUUUCGCCAAGCCAUAACAAUGAACACCAAGGCGCACUUCAGAUCAUUGAGCCGAGUCUCCUACUAUACCUACUCCAGACCUUUGUCUCGCUGCAUCUGUAUGCUGAUCAGAUGGAUCCACGCAGAGCAGACCGGGGCCUUGGCGCCAUUCGGCGCUCUUUAUGUCAGACGGAGUCUGGCCCAGGAGUACGCCGCCAAUAUGCUCUACCACUACCUCAUUCAAACCAAGAUUCUCCGUCCUGCUGCGACUCUCCAACUUCUGCAUCAACUGCUCGUGACCCUCGUCAAGCACAAAUUUACGAACCUAGAAACGAUGGCGUGCCCAACAGACUACACCCUGUGCAUCGGCUCGCUGGCUGACAAUGGCGGCUUUCUACUUGCUUCUACCACUGCCAGGACUUGUAGUAUUCUGCAGCACAACUUUUAUACCGUCAUCAUUCACUCUGCUCGGCUUGAGGACCACGGCCAUCAACGUUUCAUCCCCUUUGAUUUAGAUAAUUUCACCAGGGAUCCUGUACCGGAUACAGGUGAGGCGUCUCAGCCUAUGAAGGAGCCAGCCGCUGCUACAAAUGAAGAGGAAGGCGCUGAUAGUAUGGUGAUACAGUUCCGGGAAGCAGAGGAGGAAUGGGUAGAUGGUCACGAUGAUGGUAUAGAUGCAGAGAAGGGAGAGUCUAUGCUACCGCAUGAAGCCGAAAGCGAAUGGGACUUUGAAAAAGAAGAAACCUUUCAUUCUUACUAUCUAAACGGCGACACUGCAGAGAACCUAGACACAUAUUAUGACCCGCAGUCUUCUCUGCCAGUUCAACGAUGUCCAUCAAACUUUGCUGCUCAGGUAGAUCGCAGUCCCGGGUCAAUCUCGGUCUUAAGCAUUCUGGCGGAGAAUUCACACUACGUUCAGCCCUUACUUGCCAGCCAUCCCUCGUUUGCCACGCCUUACAACCAAAUCAAGACUGCCUGGUUCCAUUCAAGGUCGACGUCAUUCAAAGAGAAACGAAACUAUGGCUUUUUCUUCACUGAAGACGGCACUGCCGUUAUGAUGCGAGACGGCGACGACAUCUCCCAGAGUAUCCUGUUUGCAGAUCUUGGGGUAUUAGCCAAGACCACGAUAGAAAAUAUAUCGGAUCAGAUAGUCCAGUGCUUACCGCAUGGUUGCAACGAUCUUCUUCGACAGUUUCGUGGCCUUUCGAGCCAGUUGGUUGACGACCUCACUAGUCCCGACGCCAUUUUCCUCCAGCCUUCCAACCGUAUUCUUAUGCAGCCACUGUUGGAUGCCAUGUUACAACAUCUAUCAGACCCAGAAGAACCCAAGCAUCAUAUUAUGCUUUCGCCUUCCGUGAUUAGUGAGCAGGCCGCCAGAAAGUGGCUGGCCUUUGACAAGCAAAUUCUUGGACAAAUUCUGGUCGCCUUUCUCCUGACGUGCGGGAUACCUCCCCUACACUGGCAAUUUCGGUCCUUUCAAUUUCAUUCAGAUAGCAAGACUGAUAUCCCUCGUAAUCUCUAUCUUUUAGGCUCUGAACUUGUUAUAGGUCACCCGGCGGCCAGACAACUCAACCAGGUCUUAGAAGAGUGGCUGUGGGCCUUUCCUGCCAGUCUCGCCCCACUUAUUCUGUUCUACCUUGCAAUCAUACGGCCUAGUGUCAUUCACAUCACAGGCCUUCUUCAUUAUGUCAACGACGAUCACAGGACUCAUAUCUUUGCUCAUACCUUUCCUACUACUCGCCUUGAAUUUCCCCGAGUUUGGAACGGAAGCGAUGUGAAUAAUUUACUGCAGAUCCACACGUCCUCUCUCCCUAUUCUCUUAUCAUGCGGGCUUCUGCGAAACGUGAUAUCCGCUAUGUACGAUCAGUUCUUCCCAGCUCUUUCCCACGUCGGACCCUCAGAUGACUCUAUGGUGGAUCGCCAGGCCCAACACACAAGAAAGACAGGCAACACUCAUUAUGGACGGUCUGAUCAUGUUCCCUUCGCUUUUGGAAUGACACUUGAACAGGCUCGCAAAUGCAUGGCCUCCAGUCAGGCAUUGCAUGCCUUCUAUGGGUUAGGCAGUCUGGAUCAUCAAUGGGCGGAGCGCUCACAAAACUCAGCGUUUCUGGUUGACUUGAGGAACGAGAGUCUGGCUCUCAAAGAGGCAAGGGUUCUUGUAAGAGAGACGUACAACUUACACCACUGUCACUUGCCGGACGGUCUGGACCAGAUAGCUGGCCUUCUAGAGACUGCACCUUACUUGACUCUCAAAGACGGCGUCAUCGGAGAUGAGGUGCUUCGACGGGUGAUGCAUGCAGUGUUGUUUGGUGAUUCUAGACCCAAUAUUCUUGAUCGUCCUUCUGGAGGAGGAUACCUGAUUGCUGAUGCAUCAUCCGCCGUGGUACAGAUUAUUAAAGCGGUGGAGGAAGUAGAAUGCGGAGUCCACUUUAAUUCUCCAAGACACAUGGAUAUCGGCACCAUCAUUCACUUUGAUGAAGUAGCAACACAAGCCCGAAGGCACCUCACUGCACUAAAAGAUGAUUUUCCUAUUUUGUGGAUGAAUCUAUGCACUGACAUUCAUAGGCUUUAUCAAAAGCCGGGGGUGGCGCGAGAGAUGUCAUGGGUUGAACGCGAUGAGCUGGACGAUCAGCAUCAGGAGCUGCAAAGGGAGCACGACCUUCUUCAGGCGCAGCAUGCUGACCUCAAAAGCACAUGCACGACUCAUGAGAAUGAGCGCCGCAAAGUCGAGCGCUCAAUUGCUGUGCUGCAAAAGAAAUGCGCAGUCGCUGAGAGUACCGAGCAGACGUGGAGGGAAAAUUGUAAGACUGCACAAAGAGAUGCGCGAAAUGCACGAAAGGAGAAAGAAGAACUAGACGAAGGAUUGAAAGAGUUGGCAGAGAGGGCAAGAGAGUUUGAGCAUCGUGCGCACAGAAACAAAGUGGCGUACGACAAAUACAAAGGAAAAUACGAGGCUCUGAAGGAAGAAAAUGCGCGCCUUCAAAAAAUCCAACAAACUGUAGAGAUUCCAGAAGAACAAUAUCUCUUGGUUGUCGAUAUAAACGCCCCUGACAGGCUUGAGCGUGCAGUUGAAGACUGGUUGGACGAUGAGUGUGAUGUACGGGGGGACAAUCUUGAUGAUCAUGAUAGCGAUUAUGGAAACGAGUCGAGCAAGGAGAAUGAAGACGAAGGGCCCAGUCGUGGUGCUAUAUGGCUACGGGGCAGGCGAGCAACGGAGAGCGUGGACGACCGCGAACGAUCACUUCCUGAAGAUCGCCCGUAUCGCCCGUACGGAGUACGAUUACGCUCUCCCAAUAGUUAA